UGAGGAGCGGCCGCCAAGCUCUUCGACAGCCCGGCCCCUCUGAAAUGGCCUCCAGCAGCUGAACUGAACGGCGGCACGGGCAGCGCGCAGGGAAACACACCCAUGGGGAACGGGGCAGGACAUGGGCCGAGAUGCUGGUGGUGCAGCAAAUAAGAUUAACUUAAUACCUCAAGACUUCUUUGCAGAGCUGUGUGAACAAAUAAUUCAUCAUCUGAACCAUAAGAUCCCAGGUGUAAAUACAGCUGAAUUGUGUCAGAGAAUUCAGACAUCAGGGAUUGAGAUUAACAUUGGUGACCUGGCAAAAAUAGCUAACAUUCUUUCAUUUCUAUUUAGCACAGCAGCCAGAAACAAUCUCUCUACAGAAGAACUUGUCACCACCUUGGGCAGUGCAGUCAGCACACUGCCAAAACAUGCACUUCAAGUUAUCCGUCAUGUAUGGAAUGAGCAGGGCAAAUCCAUUACUGCGGCAGAAGAUGCAAGGAAUGUGGCCACCGUGGGGCAGUUUGUAGAUAUGAAAUGGAAACUGGGAGUCGCAAUGAGCUCUGACACCUGCCGGUCUCUGAAGUACCCGUACGUCACAGUGACGCUGACGGUGGCAGACCCUUCAGGACAAAUAACGGACAAGUCUUUUGAAAUGACGAUCCCACAGUUCAAGAACUUCUUCAGACAGUUCAAGGAAAUGGCAUCUGUUCUUGAAACAGUUUGAAGAGAACUUUCAUUUACAGUGACGUUUUGGACAAAGUUAGAUCAAGGAAACUUUCCUUUUUGCACAGGGAAUAAAGUGCCAUUGUUCUGCAAGGUAUGUAUCCUUGUCUUUUUGACAGGAAUUGCUUGGCAUCAUCCUUGCAUUGCUGUGAAGAUUUCUUCGCUUUGAAGCCAACUCUGCAGUGUUUGUGAACACAUGUUCAGCUUUGUUCAUCCUGGUAGACAGAAGAUCAGGAUGUAUAUGGAGAACCACCCCUGUAGACUUCCGAAUACCCACACUGAACUCUAGUGCAGAAAGACACCUGAAAAUGUUGACUGGAAAGAUACAGAGAGAAGUAAAUCUCAUGUUAACACUUUCGUCUGUAAAACUGGGAUGCUCUUGGAGUCAAAAAUGAUAUUACAUAUAAGGAGAAUAUGAAGGUACAUGUAACAAGCAUACAGUUAUUCUUGAAGAAUAGCAUUGUCAAGUAGCUUGGUGCAGGUAUUUGCAGACCUGGUUUCCAGUCUUUUAAUAACUGGAGAAUGAACUUGUCUUAAUGGCUUGUUUAUUUCAAAUACUUAUUUCUCACCACCUAGGCUUCUAAAAACUGCGUUAAUGCAUUAAGUUAUUCCAGAAACCCAAAAUUUAUCCUCUGAAUUGAAGCCCAGAGACUAAUUUUACUUAAAGGUAGGAAGGCAAAUUUAAUUCAAAAGCAUUUUAAUAUAUUUUUGCUUUUUCAUUUCAUCCAGUACUAAUUUGUUGCAUUCUGCUUGAUGUUUUGGUCAGCAGUUUGCUUUCUAAUUAAAUUAGGAUAUUCAUGUAGUUGCUUCAGUCCAAGCUCUGAAUUAGAAAAGUCAAGAGGAAACUUGAAAAUUCAGGCUGGAAUAUUAGCCAAGCACAUCAGAGAAAGGACGACACUAAAAGAUUUCUUUGCUUGUUGCAUUGUAUUAGGCAUCCACUGGACUCUGUUCUGCAGACUCGCUCUAAGAGAAUGUCCUAACCAGCAAGAUUUUGGACUUUGAUGCUGAAGAAUGGGGGCAUUUCCAAAGGGGAGUGAUAAAUCCAGUGUGAUUGCAUGCUGGUGUUUUAAUUUUUUUUCAUUGAGUUUUCCAUAAAGCAAAAAACACAUUGCAUGUACUGUGGGAUGUAGUAAAAGCAACACUAUUGCAUCUCAAGAUGUGCUGGUGGUGUAGUAGAACAAUUAAAUCUGAAGAGAGAGAAGUCAUACUUAUAAGCAGACUGAAGUUUAUGCUUCAAAUUCGGAAUGGUAGAGACUCAGCACUAGUUUUGCUGGGACAGAUCCUCAAGUGAUUUCAGGCCCCCUUAAAAGUGAGAACAUCUACCUUUCUAACUCACUUAAUGGUUUUUUUCCACUAACGUUUUUUAAAAGCUGGCUGAAAGUCGUUGAUAUUGGUUAUGCCUGCCUUUUUGUGCUAUAAAAAUAAACAGCACAUUGUGCUGCAUGCAGCAAUCCUUUCAGGAAAGAGAGGAUUUUCACCCCCAUGAUUUGGGUACUAUGCAUGGUGCAUAAAAACAGUACUUGGAGUUGCUUAGAAGCCCAAAUAAGUGAACAGGCUUUAACAAAAGUUUUCAGCUAUGGCCAUUGAUCUGGAUGAUACUUUCUUUGUGCUGCUUGAAGUCAGAGGUGUUUGCUUUGAGGCUGGGGAGAGCAGAUUGGUCUUUUCUGGGACCCUCUGAAUAGAAUGUCACAAAAUGGUCUUGAAACAAACUUACAGUUUGCUCUUCCCUUGUCUGUCUGCAAGGGCUCAAGGCUGAAUAUAGUGCAAACAAAUCCUCUCUGUGUAUGGAAAAGUGAUGUGAGCAGCUGACUUUUUUGUGGUUUUUUUUUUUUUAAUUUGCAAACGUUGGAGUGUAAGGCUGCUAUUACUCAAAAACAUUGGCUUUGGCCUAGUGAAUUAAUUGUUUUACAUUAGUGCAAGAGUUCCAAAAAAAGAAUAAGGUUUUUUUUUAGUAAAGCUGGAGCCUUACAAAUACUUCCCAUGUGUUCUAAUGCACAUAAAUUCUUCAUAUAGCUGGAAAUACUUGUGCCUUCAUUGGAACUGGAUGGAAAAGAUUUUAUUAAUCAUGUCUUAACGAUUCAGUAGAUGCUGGAAUGUAAUGAGGGAACUUCCAGUUAGCAUUUUUGCUUGGUCCAUCAGGAAGGGGAGAAAGUUGUCAGCCUUUCUAAAGUGUAACUUACAUUUUGUGAAGUCAGAUAUUCUAGAAAUAUUGAUGAAUAUUUUUUAAAAUGUCCCUGAACUCCAUCCAGCAUGUUGUAAUUCUGGCUGGAAGAUACUCGGACAUGUGUGCUAUACCAGUUUACUGUCUGAGAAUUUUCAGAGGAGUUAUGAUUUGAAGUUGGCUCUGUACUCAAACUUCUGACAUAUCCUGAUCUACCAGUGGGAACUCCUAUACUGAGUAAUGGAAGAAUUAAGUACUUCAUUAAAAGAAACCAAACUAAAAGAAACCUAUCGGUUUGUAGGAUAGCAAUACUAACACAUUCAGACAAGCUGACAAGCUGUUGAAUUGUUUAUCUAUAUUAUGUGCAGAAACCAGAUCUUUUAAAAGAGAAUCAGGAGUCCUCAUGUGUUCCUAAUUCUAAUUGUUGAUUCAUACAAAACUGUAUAACAUGAAUAUUUUUGUAAAUCCACAAACAGUCAUUAAACAUGUAGGUAACAAAGAUAAA